GGAGAUGAAUGCAAUCACAAAAAAAUAUUUGGUUUAUCUAUAAAUUUUUGUUAUGCUUGCUUGCAUGCUUGAUAAUUUAGGCUUGGUUUGCAAACUAACAGGUUAGCUUUGUGAAGCUCUUCAUAUUCUUGUCUUGACUUAUCUACUAUCUCAUCCUCAUCCAUUAUGCCCUUCAAAAAUCAAUUCUAAUUCUCUUUCAUAGCUCAUAAGAAACUCUUGAUUUGUUAUCACUUCCUCUGUCUAGUUCACUGUAAACGUCUUUAACUUUCAUCCAAAAUUAUCCAUCAACACUCCGAUUUGGUAUUAGAGAAAAUUUUCUUACAUCAACAUCUUGGAAGCUCAAAGAGGAGUUAAAAGUGAACGAGUCUUCCCCAUUAAGUCAAUAAGCCACAUCAAAUAUAAAGAAGAGUUUUCAUCAAUUGGCUUCAAUAAGUGGUAGAUCUACUUUUUACUCAUUGAUAAAAUUUUGAAACCGGAUAUUUUGAAUAGUUUAAUUCAUUAUCUUAUUACUUCCAUAAAAUUCGAGGACUUCACAAUUUUGUUGGCUAGCUUAAGAGGUAAUCAUUUAAUCUAAGUAGCAUCUACCUUUUCAUGUCUAUCCUAACCCACUAAACUUAUUGACCCUUCUAUUUAUUUGAGAGUUACAUGUUGACUGGAGUGUGAUCCAUUCAAGAAGCUUAAAAGCCCAUGAGUGUGGUUUGGAUCAUAAACUCCUUAAUAAUUUUUUCUUGAUCGAAACACUUUAACUUAUUAGUUUUUUUCUUACACACUUAUAGUUGUUAAUGCAAAUGAGUUGUUGCAUUUGCUUGGAAAAUUUGAAAACCAUUUAGCACGCUUAGAUUAUUUGCUUUAUUCAUUAUUAAAAGAACCACAAUUCAAUUAAAAAACUACGAACCUUAUAUUGUGCGCCUCUGGUAUUUUUUUUCUAACUGAUGUGUAAGUUGUGAUUCUAUUAUAUUUAAAAUUUUUAAACCGGAUAUUUUGAAUAGUUUAAUUCAUUAUCUUAUUACUUCCAUAAAAUUCGAGGACUUCACAAUUUUGUUGGCUAGCUUAAGAGGUAAUAAUUUAAUCUAAGUUGCUAUUCUUCCCACGACAUCUUUUAAAUAGGCUGUUGUGUUUGUAUAAUUUCCUUAUAUGAAUUCCUGGCCGGGUAGUGUUUAAUAUUCAAUUUUCCUUAACAUGACAUCAAGUAGUGAACAAAAUCUCAUCAAUAACUGGAACUAAGAAUUUUCAGUAUGGAUCGCUCAUGAUUGAAAUCUAUCAAAUCUUUAAGUGUUUUUCAAAUUGUGCUUUAAGGUGACGAACAACUGAGUCCUUAUUUUUCAUUUUGAGCUUACAUGACUCUCAUUAUAAGUGGCAGUUCUCAUAAUAAUCACAAACUUCUUGUUAAUCAUUUGGUUUAAUCGUCUUCAUAUUUCUAGCUUACAGGACGGAAUAAAAUCAAAUAUGUCUGUGGAUGAUGGUUCUGACAUUAUUUUCUUACACGAUGAUGUAUCAUAUAAUGGAGAUAGGAUAGCUGCAGGGACUGCAAGAGAAGUUUUAACACGAAUAGAGCUAGAUUUGGCAUAUUCUAUAGAAAAAGUUUUGAAUUUGGAGUUACUUGUAAUGCAAGUAGCAGACAAAGCAAGUGAUUAUGAAAUCCUGAGCAGCGGGUCUGAAGAACUUUUAACGGAGUCCAUUGAGAAGGCCUUUCAAUUUGAUAUUUUAAGUGGGUAUUUGAACUCAGAGUUGAAGGAAAUAGAAAGCUUCAUGUCUAGUCUCCUACUGGAUGUCAUUGAUGCUUUCAAGUUCACUGAAAGUGAAGACAACCUUGAAGAGUCCUUAUCAAAGAUUGAAGCGAAGCUACAUCAUGCUGAAGAAUCUUUGAGAAAUUCCCAAGAACAGGUUGCUGAUAUCAGAAAACAGUCGGACAACUUUGAAAAAUUACUAGCCCUUGGGAUCUGUACAGACGAGGAUUUAGAGAAUGGUAAUUGUUCAUUGAUGAAUUCCAAGUGGAAUUUGCAAAGUGUUGAGCAACAGAGACAUUUUCUACAAUCAUUGGAAACAUCUUUGGCCAGGGAAAUGGAUCUUGAAAAGAAGCUCUCGGAGUCAAGAUAUAAUGAAGAAGAGCUGAAGAUGAAACUACAUUUUGCAGAGCAGGAUGCAUAUUGUAGUGAAGACUUGAUAGAAGCCAUGAUGGAGAGAGUGCUUACAGCUGAAAAUACUGUCGAUUUACUUUUGGGGAAGUCAAAAGAAUUUAUGGGGAAACUCCAGAAUGGCCAAUUUAGUUCCACUACUUCAACUACUCCAGAACGGGAGGAGAAGUCUAACAUGAAGAAAGGCAUUGUGAAACUAUCCGCUGAAGAAGCUGAUCCUGAGAAAUCAAGAACUAGUAGCUUUGGAUCUGAUGGUUUUCCUAUGUUAUCGGAAGUUGAUAUUAAAACCAACCUUAAAGAAGAUGAGGAUAAAUGUAUGGCCACCAUUUCUGUGAUUUCGACUCUGAGGGCCAGGGUGAAUGUGCUUGAGGAGCAGCUGAGAAAAUCUCAAAUACAGUUACAGCUCGCGAAGGUCUCUGUUAGAGAAAGUAACAACCAACAAAACAUUUUAUACCUUGAAGAGAAUAAUAUGGAAAACGUAAUUAAGGGUCUCAGGGAAAAUGUUAUAGAAGUACAAAGCAGGGCAGAAAGUGCUGAAGCACGAUGUGCUCAGUUGAUGAAAGCUAAUGUAGAACUGAAUGAUGAAAUAGGUUUUCUCAGAAAGAAUGGAACCGAAAAGGCUUACUUGGAAAGGAUGCUCAAGGAAUCAGACACGGAGUUGGAGCAUGCAAAGGCAUCGGUUGAUGCAAACGAGGAAGAGAAAAAUAUGCUGUACACUGAAAUAAAUGAUAUGGAACAUUUAAUUAAGAAUCUAAAGGCGAAAGUUUCUAAAGCAGAAAACAAGGCUGAGAUUGCGGAAGCUAAGUGUGCUCUGUUGACUGAUACAAAUUUGGAAUUAAAAGAAGAAUUGAGCUUUCUAAGGGGAAGGUUAGAAAGUUUAGAGGGAUCAUGUCAUCAAGCUGAUGUGGAAAGAGCAGCUACUGCUAAGGAUAUUGGUAACCGGACUAAAAUUUUUGUUGAACUAGUGAAGAAGCUGGCAUUAGAAAGAGAGCAUCUUCAACUGCAGAUGACUGCAUUAAUAAAAAGGAACAAGAUCCUGACAAAGAAAUGCCUGUGGUCAGAAAAUGAUCUCUCUGUGAAUCAUGAGAAAGCUAAAAAUUACAAUGAUCCUGGUAACAUCAACUCGUAUGAUGAAACACUUGCAGAGUCUGUGUCUACAAAUUUUCAG